UGCUGCUACAGUGUAUCCAAAGCGCCACAAUGCUACUGUUUAUUUCUCACAUUUAACAAAAUAGCGUUUGUAAUCGAAUGUAUUCACACUCACUGGUGUCAUUAUUAUUACCGUGAAACUGAUAGGGUCAAUCUUGUCAUCUAGAUACUUUUUUUGUUGCACAUUUAGUUAACUGGUGUUGCCAUGGUGAUUUGUGUCGACUAAACAAAAGGCAAGUGAAGAAGGUGACCUUUGAAUGAUGAUAGUUGCACCUGUUUUGUGAUACACCAGACCUAGAAGAGGCAUGUAUAAAGUGGAUUUGCCGGUGGACAACUCCGUGGAUGUGGCAGUGGAACGCCGACGGGCCGCAGAGGCUGCGCGCCAGGCUCGCAUUUUCAACACCAGACACCGAGUGAUGGGUCUGGAUCUCAAAGCACUGGAGCAACAGGUGGCGGAGAACAAAGAACGGGAGGAGAUGGCGGGUCAGCGAGAGAGGGCUUUCGACAUGUUGAGAGUGACUCAAGAGAAAGUGUUGAUGAAACAGCAGCAGGAGGAAGAGGAGAGGAGAGCAGAGUUAAACAGAGACCUCAUCCAGUACCGGGCCAUCCGACAGCGGGCAGAAGACACCCGGGAUGCUGAUCUCAAUAUUCACCUGCAGGGGGCGCUCGGGUUGUCCAUUCCCAUCCCAGAGUCUGAGCUGGGACCUGCCAGUAUGCAAGUGUUCCAGGGAGAAGGCAUUGGGGACAAUGACAAGAGGAGAGCUCAGAUGGAGCAGACAGAGAGAGCACUACGAGCACAGAGAGAACAGAGUGAGAAACUGCAGAAGGAGAAUAAACUCAAAGAGCUACUGAAAGGCAAGGAGCUGGUACAGCAGGACCUGAGGGCUGUUCAGUUAGACGCUCUGGAAGAGGAGUGUAAGAGGGCAGGCCGCAUCGCUCUCAACAACUACAACCAUGCUCAGGCUGCAGAGUGUGUAGAGAAAGAGAGGAAGGAGCGCAUGAGGAAGGAGGGCAAGGAGAUGGCGGAGGUGCUGCACAUGGUGACAUCAGACAUCCUAACAGAAUGUCCCAAGGCUGCAGAGAGACAAGUAAACGGAGGCCCAGUGGGCGGGCCCAGGGUGCUGACGGACAGGUGGAGGGGGAUGAGCCCCGUUCAGCUGAGCGCUAUCCGCAGGCAGAGAGAGGAACAGCGCCUAGAGGGAAAGAGGCUGAGGGAGAUUGAGAGGCAGAGAGACGCUGCCUGGGACUUCCAGCGCAUGGUGCAGACCCGAGAGGAUGACGAGGAGGAGAGGAAAGCGAUGGAGCUGAAGAAGGAGAAGAGGAUGGAGAUGGACCGAUACAAUGAACAGCUGGCCAGAGAGCAGCGCGAACAUCAGCAGUUCCUGUCCAAGACGCUGUACACCAACAGACCCACGGCCCAGUACUUUACUCAGUUCAGCAGCAGCUCACGCUGAGAUGACCAACACAAACUCACCGCACAAUACUGGAUCUCAGAUUUAGACGAUGUGCACAACACAACAAGCAAAUAAAGUUGAUGAUAUACUCAUACUUUACACGUUUUUUUACGUCUUUUUAUACCUAGAAUUUAGUCACUAGGUCAAAUGCUGCAGUCUUCUGCAACUUAUCUCAGGAGUUGUAUUUUCAGUAUAUACUGGACACCGUGACUGUCUAUCUAGCUGUUCUUUUAUGUUUCAUGCACAGUAGGGAUUCAUAUCUACUUUCUCUGAUCUUUUGAGGAUAAAACGUGCACGUCACCAUCUUUAGACAUUGACGCUAUGAGUGAUUCUAAUGAUGACACAACGAGGGCGCCUCUUUUGGUUCCGAUUAGUCCAAGGUUCUUUAUUUAAUUCACUGUCACAUAUUUAGUUACAAGUGGCUGAUUCAUAAUGCAGAUCGUUACAACGUCAUUGGACCCAUAACAUACAGUACAACACCACUCCACACAGUGACCCCCUCCCUAACCAAUCAACCCGCUCCACUUCCGUCUCAACCAAUUAGCAGGAACACACUAGCCCGGUCACAGAUCUGGUUGUGCUGUCUUGCCAACUCCUAUGACUUUAGCAUGAUAUCGACCAUAGGAGUUGGCCAUACAGCACAAACAGAUCUGGGAUCAGACUACCAAUACAUUACAGUACCCUCCAAUCCUCCAGUUCCAUUGUGCUAAUGGGACCCCAAACACAGCACACAGAGGGACUCGGUCUCCCCUCAGGCAGUGAAAUACACAGUAUCCGUCCCCUCCCUCCAUCCCUCCCUCCUAUCCCUCCACCACGACUGUAAAUUCAUACGUUUCAUACCCUAAUGAAGCUGAUGCUGUCAUUCUCUUCUAUAUGCAAUUAAAAUUCACUUUUCAUUUUGAAUUUAUGUUGUAAGUAUAAAAGAAAACAUGGAAAUGAAAGUAACAGAGGGGAAAGUAAGAAAUGCUAGCACUAGACCUGGCUUAGACGAUCCCCUCACUGACCACAUGGAAAAUCAAAAGCAGAGAUAGCUAGAAAGGCAGGCAGUAGAGUGAGUAUCUGUGUGUUCAGUAGUUCACUUAUUCCCCAACUCAUUCAUUCAAAGCUAAUCACUUGCCCUGACACUACUGACGUCACACCAUGACAAGCACAGAUGGUUAGCAGCGAGAUAGGCUGUGUCUCAAAUGGCACUCUGUAGUGCACUACUUAUGACCAGGGCCCAUAGUGCUAUCCCUGAACACCGGGCCCAUAUGGCUCGGGUCAUAAGUAGUGCACUACACAGGGAAUAACGAUGCCAUUUGAGACACAAUCCAUAGUCGUGAGAGAAUAAUUGGCAUAUUAUUUCAUUUUAUCAUUAAUAUUAUUCUGUAUGAAAAUAGAUUUCUGAAAUUGAUUUUUUGUUGUUGUUGUCCUGAGUGUGUCUGUAACAGCAAACUACAGGGAGCUGAGCUCACUCAAACCUCUCAUUAGGUCAGACUCACUGGCUGCGUCUGAAUUGGCACGCUAUUCCCUAUAUAGUGUACACAUCCACUGUGUGAGGAAUAGGGUGCCAAUGCGGAUGCACCUAUUGCCUUUCUGCCAAGCCAGAGACGAUCCCUUUUCUCUAUCCCAUUUCCCUGGGACUCACUGUAAAUUAACAGCGGACGAUAGCUUGGCUUGCAGUAGGACCUGGGUUCAAAUAGUGUGGGUUUUUUUCUCAACUACUUAAGCUGUGCUUCUGGCACAAUGGACCCAAUAGAGUGGCCCCAAAAGUGCAAACCGUUGUCUCCGCCCAUCUUGCAAUCCAGGCAGGCUCAAUCAAACUCUCCUCUGAAAGAAAAUGAAACUUAUUUGAACCCGGGUCUGUCUCUGGGUAGACUGUAGGCUAGUUUGAGUGGGGUGAGCAGUGAGGGCAGAGCAAGCACAUUGCAUAUACUCCCUGUGGUGCUUCAUCACAAGCUAGCUCACUGCCUCCCUCCCUCCCGUCCUCAUCCUCACAUGGCCUCAGCACGAUGAGUGUCCGAAAUGGCACCCUAUUCCCUGUAUAGUACAUUAUUUUGACCAGGGAAUAGGGUGCCAUUUGGGACAUAAACAUAGACUCUCUCAACACGGAUACUCACUGUACUGUAAUGCUUAAAGGGACACACAAAAAAUGAAGGCGAAGUGCCCCUUACAAGCCAGGAAAACUUGAUGGACAUGAUGACCAUUAGCAUAAGUUUAACCUCAGCUUUCAAUGGGUUGGUAUUGAUUCUACUGUAUAUUCUAAAACAACAAAAGCUACUGAUGUAAUCUCGGCACACAGAACCAAAUUUCACGUGCGCACUUCUACUACUAUUGAUGUAAAAUGUGUUUUUCUUUUUUUGUAAUUUUUUAUCUUGUUUUGCAACAUUUAAGGAAUGUGGGAGGAUAUAUAUAUUUUUUUUUUGCCUUUUUGUUUAUAUUUUGCUUAUCUAUUAACGAUUUUUCUAAAACAGUCAAGUCACUGUAAUUAGUUGUCAAUACAGGAAAAAUAUGAAUUCAUAGGUUCAUUACAAAAAAAUACAAUAAAACUACUUGCAACAUUUGAAGUAAACUUAAGACAAGAGUUUUAAAACCCACACACUUGUAUCAAACAAACUCAUUGCUAAAUAACACAAUCUUUUGGGUUGUAUUUACAUUCAGAGUGACAUUUAAAAAGCUCUCUCUCUUUCUAGUCUCUUCCUUCUCUUUUAUCCGUACCAAUACCUCUGUUCUCCUUAUCUCUAAAUGCUUAUGUCAUGAUUCUUGUCAUUGUCCAAUUCAAAAAGAAGGGUUUUUGGCAUGUAAAUAUUAUUUCUAUCCACGCCAACAAAGAAUGCAAUCUAUACGUUAGAUGCAAAAAAGCAACCGAUCUACAUUUCCCUUUACCUGCCAAUCAGGUAAUCCUGUUUUGGAUUGACAGCGUGCAUUGUUCAGGGCAUGAAAGGAAUAUUGAACGUGUGUGUGUGUGUGUGUGUGUGUGUGUGUGUGUGUGUAUUUCACUCCCUGCUAACUGUAAAUAUGUAGAAAUACUGCUUCCUACCACACAUUACAGUGUGCAAUAGUAUUAUGCUAUACUAUGACAUGAAGAGGUAUGGGAAAGAUAACGUUUAACAGCGGACAUAGUUUUAAUACACCGUAGAAAGAGACACAGAUAGAACAAAUACAGAAAGCUAGUACACAAAGAGGUCUACACAUAAAUUACAUUAUCAUACCAAUAAUGACAUCACACUUGUGGUGAAAAGGCGAGAGUAAAGUAGAAUAGACUAGAGUAAGCAUGUAAUCUGGUGCUCUGUAUAGAGGGCCAGUAGGCACUGGAACUCAUAAUGAACAUGUACAUACAUACUGUAUCUAUAAUACUGUAUAUGGCUAGAUAGAUAGAUGUAAUGCACAAAAAUACACCGAUUUGCUUAAUGCUAUGCAGCAUUUUCACCCAAUUCAUUUACUAUGAAAACCUGGCUAGGGUAAAAUUAUGAUUAUCUUGAUUUAUGUAGAAAUAUGUAGAAAACAAAUCUAAAUAUGAAUCACCUCAUAUAUGCAAAUGAUCUAUAAAACAAUAUAUUCUUUUUUUUUUUUUUUUAAAU